AUGGACGCAGAGAUGAAUACGCCUUCAUCGGCAGCUACAGCGGGACGGGCUCGCCCAGUCCCACUGGACGUAAAGAAUACCAUCGACAGGAGCAGCAGCAACAACAACAAGACAUACAUGCAGCAGUACUACCAGCAGUUCAAAGACAAGAUCAAGGCCCACAACACAGAGAGGAUACCGUGCGCCAUCUGCGGCAAGUUGAUCUCGCGGCACUUGAUGAGGAAGCACGAGAGCCCUCCAAGGCUUCUUCACCUUAUUGUGUACCUGGGAUGA